UUUGUGCACCGAAACAAUAUUCAACAACCAUCAUGGGCGAUUUCGUAGACCUAUCGAGCUCUUCCGAUGAUAACGAAGCAGGAGAAAGACCAGCGACGUCCUCGGAAACGUUGGAACCACCCACGGAACAGAGUUCGGAGGUUGCGCAGGCUUCGGAAACUCCCAACGACAAAGACAGCGCCCCAGUCGAAAAUGGCAAUAACACCCAAGCGAAAGGGCAGCAACGAAAGCGCGGUAGACGGAACCGGCUGGUGGAUGAGAACUCCAAAUUUCUUGCCGACUUCGAUCCAGUAACGUCUCAGCGGGAGAAACGCAAGCUAGCACGCAGCAUCGGCCAGAGCUUGAACUCGGCACCCAAAAUUGUGGGACUGUACGAUGAGAAGGGGAUCUUGCGAAGCAACGGUGAGGAUUUGUGCGAUUGCCUGGAUCUCACCUGCCCCGGAUGCCAUAUGCCGUGCAUGGAUUGUGGAAACGAAAAGUGCGGCCCGACUUGCCGCAGGUAUCGCAAGUGGAUGUACGACGAGAUCACGAUGGAUGCGAAGGACGAGGUUAAGCGGAACCCGUUCAUUAAAUGCUAAUUCGGCGUGUAGAUUUAGUUUAUUGUUUCCAACAGUUCAUAUGUCAUAUGUUUUACAUUUAGUAUAAUAAAUGACGCUACCGGAUGAAGCGGCGGACGUGCCACCACAAUUUCACCCUGGUGAGCACGUGUUUGGUAUAUAAGUUUCCUAGUCGCUCUAUAAUACAUCCCAUUGAAUACUGAAUAGCGGAGUAGGAGCCAGUAAGUAGAUAGUAUGUUUAGCGUUGUUCAAAUGCCUUCGAAACCCUGCGAUCACAUUUUACAUCUCCGAGUAUGUACACAUCCACAAUAAACCCAUAAUAUAUCGAGCACGUGUACCCAUGGAAGUAGCCCGCUAGCACGAGUAGGGCCAGUAACGAUAAUGCACUGCGGCGGAAAUGUACAAGCAUGGCUAGCAAUAGGUAGGAAUAAAAGAAUACAUUAGCGGCAGAGCAGGUGCGAGAGUUCGGCCGAAACUCGACCUGAAGCCUCUUGGGGCAGGACUGAGGGGCAUAAAGCUACACACUUAACGAAUGGGCUUGCCAGACCCAGUACACAGCAUACACGACACAAUAAGGGUAUUUUUUCCAAAUAUUCGGCUAGCGGAGGAGUUUGCGUUCACAUCCGGAACAGGACAUCCCGGAAUGCUGACCGUGUAUUGAUAUACUGUCUGCUCCUUAAACUACAACGUACGCAGGCAGAUGUAAAGAUCGGUAGUUUAUAAUGCAUCAAACGCAGUGGAACCGGACUGCAACUCUCGAGUGCUUGAUUUGAAAUGCACCUCCAUCGAGUGCAACGGCCUUAAAACAAACGAU